AUGUGGAUUCCUGGAGGCCAGAACCUCUGGUCUGCAGAGGAUUCCCGAGCGGUGAAUUGCACACCCGUGAGCAAGACCCCUCUCCAGGCCAAUGUGGACAGGUCCCGGUUAAAGACAGCUGUGCCCUCUUCUUUCCUGGCUUUGAAUUCAGUCCGCGCCAACCUCAGCUUUCCGGGGAAGACCCAUCUUAUUCAACCUGAGUGGAAGGACUCGGGGCAAGAGGUGAACUCUCGCGAGAGUCGGGGCCCGCGCGGGCAGGGCGGCAACCGCCGUUGGCCCAGGGCGACGCCCCCCGAGGUGCGAGGCCCGUUAGCGGCCGCCGCCCUGCAGCCCGGGGUCGGGGACACGGGCCUGUGCCACUCGAGGUCCAAAGAGAUGGAGGAGGGUCAGGAGAAGGAGGAGACCCAGGAGCCACCGGCGGCAGCCGGGGCGAGGACACCCGGCGAGGCGGGAGGGCCGCCCGCGCCCUGCGACUCCAGCGCGGCGGACCCCGGUCCUCCCGCUCCCCCUGAUCCUCCCGCUCCUCCCGCUCCUCCGGGCCCACCGAGGCCCAGCGACCGGGCGGCCGGCCUAGGAGAGGCCCCCGCCGUGCCCGUCGAGACCGAGGAGGCACCGGCCAGCGGGGACCUCGUCGACGGAUGCCCGGGGUCCGCCGGCAGGCAGCCGCAGUGGGAAGGGAUGCCCUUGGACAACGGGGAGGAAGACCGAGAAAUCACGCCUCCCUCCCCGAGUUGGAGGCGGUACCAGAGGAGGGCUUCGGUUCAGGCCGAAGCCAUCAAUCCGGGGGAGGGAUCGUCCGUCUCGAGCCCGGCCGGCGUCAGGUGGGCCCAGCAUCCCAAAUCUGCCGAGCAGAUGAAGAGGCUGAAGGAAACCUGCGAGACCCUCCUCCCCUUCAGGGAGCUCGAAGAAGAGCUGCUGACCCAGAUCUUCAGUGCCAUGUUUGAGAGGAAAGUGGAAGCUCAGGAACACGUGGUGGAACAGGGAGAGGACGGGGACUACUUCUAUGCCAUCGAAAGCGGCAUGUACGACAUUCUGGUUGCGAGGAACAAGCAGGACUGCCGCAUCGGCCGCUACGAAGACCGCGGCGCUUUCGGAGAGCUAGCUUUGAUGUACUCUUAUCCUCGGCCGGCCACCAUCGUGGCCCUGACGGCGGGAGUCCUCUGGGGUCUGGACCGCAAGACUUUCCGGACCAUCACGGUGACGUUUCAGGCGGAGAGGCGGAAGAAGUUCGAGUCGCUCAUAAACUCUGUGCCCUUUUUCAGAUCUCUGGAGAAGUCGGAGAAGAUGAAGCUCCUUGAUAUGAUCGAGAGUAAGACCUAUCGGCACGGCGACUGCAUUUUUGCCCAAGGGGAGAUGGCGGAUAAGUUCUACAUCGUCGAGUCCGGGGAAGUCAAGAUGCUGACCGAAAUGCCCACCGGCAAGGAAGUGGGGAUUGUGAAGCUUAAUCCGGGAGAGUAUUUCGGAGAAGGCGCCCUGGUCGGCAACAAACCGAGAACCUCCUCUGCCUAUGCUGUCGGGGAUGCCAAAUGCAUAGUUAUGAACGUGGAGGCCCUCGAGAGACUCCUUGGGCCGUGUCUGGACAUUCUGAAGAGAGAUAUGGCCCAGUUCAAGGACUUGAUAGCCCUACAUGACUCCAGCGUGGAUCUGAGUGAGGAACACAAGGAAACGAACAGCACAUAGGCUUCUGAAGAAAUGGGAAAACCUGCUGACAGUAACAUCCCACUCGAAAGACGUGGACAGGGGAGGAGUUCAACCCUUUUAUUUCAUCUGUUGCGAAUGGGGACUUGUUUUCAGCUGGCUUCCACGUGGGAGCCAUCCACUUGGUUUUUACAAGACAAGUCUGUGGCUCCGAGUUGCUUAAAUGAAAGGAUCCCGGCAUAUUUAGGUGGAUUUCCCUCCCACCCCCUUUUAUCUUUUGCUGUCUCUUGAAACUCUGCCCUCAGCAGAAUUUGAAGACUGGGUAGUUCCCGGUAAUGACGCUGUCAGGCAUCUUCAGAGUUUUUCCUCCCUCCCUGCUUGGCUUCUCCAGACAUAGAAAGAUUUCCUUUUGUUAUUCCAGCCUUCUGGGACUCCUCUGCUCUAGCCACUUGUGCGUUUAGUCCCCUGAUCCACCUUCCCCUCCACCCCCCAACCCCACCCCGGUACCAUCAUCUUUCAGUGAGCAGAACUAGCCAUCGGUAGAUGCAGAUUCAUUUUCAGUACUCUGACCUCUUGCCAUUUAGUUACCCUGACUCUUCCAUCCCAGCCUGGAUCUACACACCAAAAAAUCACUUCUGGGUUUCUGGAGCACACUUCACAGUGCCUGCCCCAGCUCUUUGGUGACCAAGCAAAAGAGCUCUCCAAAUGUUUCAGACAGAAAUCCAGAUAAUAGUUCCAUAAGCCCCAAAGAGAAAUAGGUCAUCUGACUCCACCUAUUGUUCUUUAGGUCUCUGUUUUGAGCUUAUUGAACACUUCAUUUUCAAUGUACUCAGCUAAUUAAUUCUGCUUUUCUUUAUGGUGUUGCUGAAAGUCUUGGAAUGUUUGUCAACUGCCACUAUUUAAAGCAACCUAUUAAAAUACAGAUCUACCUAAAUAUUUUAAA